CCGAAAUUCUGACAUGUAGUGUCACAUGCAUUAAAAUUGAAGGCAAAUCAAUUGGCGGGCGUUAAUUGAAAUUCAUUUCCAGAGAUUUCCCCAGCGAAACUGAUCUGACUUCGUUUCAAUAUCGGCAUCUUAAACUCAAUCAAGUCGACUUAACAGUUGAUCCUAAUCUGCAAUUCAUACUUGCAUAUUUCCAGAAGCCCAAACGGAACAAACUGAACGCAAUACGAAAGCAUGGUUUGGCGUCAGAAACCCAGAAAACUGUUUCUAGAAAAACUCUUUUCAACUUAUCAACCCAGAAAAUUAUACUGCGGGCUACGUGUGGAAUUCAACCAGAUCAUUCUCCAUGUUUGGCAGGGGGGACGAAAAUUAACGCCUGCAAAAUAUGAGUACACAUUCAACGAGUUCCGAUCUAAUAAUUCUAUGCUAGAAUUGAUUCAGCUGCAGUUAGGGUCCAUAUGGCUGAAUCAAUUGCUAGCGUUAAUUACAGGCGGUGGAACUUCGUUAGUUGAGAUGCCUGAAUUUUUCCUGAAAGAAAUAUCCCAAUAUCUAUCAAUGAACGAUCUGUUGCGACUCUCUUCGACAUGUAGAUAUUUGAACAAGUUUUACAGUUCCGACGAAAUUUGGAAGCCUAUUUUCGAGAAAUUUUUGCGAAGUAUAUGCACUUAUUCUGACUAUACUCAAGUGCAAAACCAUGGCGGGUAUAAACAAAUAUGUCACAAAAUAUGUAUGGAAAAUAAAGAAAAGGAUCACACGAAAAACCUUCUGACUUCAGAUCAUAUAGUGAUGGGAAGUUCCCAAGCGAAGAUGUUUUUAAGCUUAAGUACAAGUCGUUUUGAACAGUGCACAAAUGAUUCACCGAAGCACUCGCAGUCAACCCCUUUGUUCGAAAGUGAAGAAAGCUACGAACUCCUCCCACGUGCAAACAAAUCAGAGUCAAGAAUUCAUUUCGAUUCUGAAUCAAUUCUGAAGUCCCAAACGUAUCAAACGACUGUUUCUACUUCUACUAGUUCUUUGGUACAUUGCUCGGACAAGGAUGAAUACCAAGACAGAAGUGACGAAGCAAGAGGAAGCGAUUUGAAGAAAUGUUCGGAAGAUAGUAGUUCACAAAUGAAGGAUGACUUCUACUUUACUAAAUCAGACUUGAUGCGCAGACUAAACUAUUUAACAAUGAAAACGAAGAAAUAUGAAUGUGAAGAUAAUGUCCUUCCGGGUGAUCAGACGAAAAACUAUGCCUUGAAGUAUAGGGACUAAAAGUAGACAAUAGUUAUAUUAGGUUCCCAUUCCAUGUAUUAUUUUUAUACAGUAUUUAUGAGCCCUGAUUUUAUGCAGUGGCUGUGAUUACUUUAAAUUAAACACUGUUGGAUUUCUUUGAAGAAAUUUUCUCGUUGGUGGUUUGCCGGUUAGUUUUGAAAUUUCGAAAACCUCUGUUUGAACGUUUAAUCUUUGUCAUUAAAAUGGGGUCACUGACUAAAUAUAUACAUAU